AUGACACAAUUGCAUCGAUUGUGCAUUGGAUGGGGUUUACGGCGAGGUUUCUCGUCGAUUCCUUCUAACAGCAACCAGGUCAUCUCGUCUAUACUCCAAUUGGCUCGGGUCUCUCCCAACCACCAGUGGAAACAGAUGGUUCUGACAUCAGACGAUUUGGCGAGCCUACCCAAACUAGAGAUCCCCAAACCACAAAAAAUGCAUUUCAGGGGUUCGUUGCACAUGGACACGCCCUCUGAAGACACCUGGAGUAAGAUAUGUGUAUACGGCGUGGUGAACAACUUGUAUCUUCAAGAAACGUACAAAUUGGGCCAAAAAAUCAUUGAUUUUGUACCCAUCGCCUACAGAACCCUCAAUAAUCCUCAUAUGUCCUCCAAAUUCGACAGGAGUGUAACCAGGGAUCUCAUGGCAUGGAGACCGCCGCCUCUGUGGAAGAAAAAAUUCAAAGAGUCUGGAAUCAAAACUCGUCCAUCCGUUCAACAUGUAAUUGGCUUCAACUUCAUCCAAAACCCUCUUUCAUGUCUUGAUAACUUGUUUGGAUCUUUGGGUUCAGACACCGCGUACAACCCAGAUAUGACGGGGUUUUUGGGCGACAUUUUGCAAGAGCUAGAAUCCCUCGAUGGCCUGCAAGUUGCUUUGAACCCAGAAUAUUUGUUUCAUCAAGGAACUGAGUUUACCCUCCCACCAUUAGGUGAUGCUUCGCCAGUGGUGACGACCCUCUUGGUCAAUAGUUCGGUCGUGGGACCUCGAGCUCGAGAGCCUCUCUCUACAAGCAUGGCUCUCGAACACUAUCUCACCUUGGUUUCUCGGUUCGGUAGUUCCCUCUACGAUAUUCUUGUACGUCGGUCCAUUUUGGUCCACAGCAGAGGAGACCACUUCAGCACAUUAUACUACAUGCUUGUGAGCAGUGAGUAUGUGCAAUUUCUCGUGGAGACCAGCAGAGUGUUUAAUAAGUUAAUUGAGUCCAAACAGAUGGUUGACAGUAUCAUCAAAAAUAGUGCUCGAGAUUUAUACCACCGGCAGUUAGGACAGUACUUUGCUGUAUUGGCGUUCACAAAGCCACAGGACACUGUUGAUUGGUGUUCGACGCACGUGAAGAACUAUAUCGAUAUUUUCGAUAACCUUACGGAUAUGGAGAUCAAACAGUUCACCAAAGAUUUUUCUACUACUUUAAGAUUCUCGUCUACCUCCAUUGAUCGGGUGGAACUUGAACUGAUGAGGAGUUACUUGAAGCGCAUACAGGUUCCUGAACCUCCAUCUCAAGACCAAGAAGAAUGUCGGGCUAUUGCCGUCGACUGUGUAAGUGUUGCGUCCUAUAAAGCUACUAUUGUCAAUAGUUUUGAAAUCCUCACCAAGCGGAGAACUUUGGUGCUCCAAGCUCUCGAGGAGUAUCCUGGCAUUUUAUCACUGUUGGGAAGACUUGUCCAAAUUAAUGAGUCAGAAGGAAUAAGACAGGUGACUACAAUGGUUUCAGGCAUGCUACAAAGGCCUUCUGAAGAGCUUGAUCUUACUCGAACCCUUGGCAAUUUUAGGUUUGAGGACUUUGGGCUCCUAGAGUCCGAAAUUCCAGGAGCAAGCCACUUAGCCAACUUGUUGGCAGUCAACUACCACAUUUCACGACACUACCUCAAGGAAACUGAGUGUUCGCCUAGAGAGCGCUCCAAGUACUGCAGUAUAAUGCAGAAAUACAGCCAGUUGGGCUACUCAUUUUAUCGGUACAAUGUGCUUUUGUGGUUGGCUGACUCACAGCUUCCUAUAAAAACCCAAAUUCAUCUCCAGCAAAAGCUUCUCCUGAAGACUUUCAAGACUUUGGUGUAUAACAACAUAAAGACUCCAACAGACCCAGUAUACAUGGAAAUGGUCAAGGCCCGAGCCUCCAACAGGUACAUCAAACUCAAGCUUGGUCAAACCGGUUUCGAUCAGUAUAUGGGUCUUUUGGCCAUCACCAACCAAGAGGAAUAUGUGAAAAAGUGGAUCAAUAACUGUGUUGCAGCCAUUAAACAGGCCCCGAGCGCGACGGAGUUUCCUCAGCUUUUACCGCAAAAACCUUACGACUUUGUACAAACAGACACAAACCCAGAGUUAGACUUGGAAGAAUCAUUCGAUUUUGUUCUCACGGGAUAUUAUGAUAGUUUGGAGUAG